GGCUUCUCCAGACUCAGCUCAGAGCGCAGCAGUCAGAGCCCAAAGGGACUUAUCUCGGAGGACUUGUGAAUUCUCAUCAUCACUGCACUUGUGAUUACUGGUUAAUGGGCAGCAAGAUGUUCCUGGCGCCUCUUUUUGUCUUUUGGGCUUUUAUCUUGGAUGGGACACUUGGCUUUGUCAUGAUGACCAACUCCAACUCCAACUCCAUCAAGAACGUGCCGGCGGCACCAGCAGGUCAGCCCAUUGGCUACUACCCUGUCAGCGUCAGUCCGGACUCCUUAUAUGACAUUGCCAAUAAGUACCAACCUCUGGAUACCUACCCGCUCUACAGUUGCACAGAAGAUGACGACUGUGCCCUGGAUGAGUUCUGCCACAGUUCCAGAAACGGCAACUCGUUGGUCUGCUUGGCCUGUCGGAAACGCAGAAAGCGCUGCCUGAGGGACGCCAUGUGCUGCACGGGCAACUACUGUAGCAACGGAAUUUGUGUCCCCGUGGAGCAAGAUCAAGAACGCUUCCAACACCAGGGAUACCUGGAAGAAACCAUUCUGGAAAACUAUAAUAAUAACAAUGCCAAUCAUGCAACAAUGGAUACUCAUUCCAAAUUAACCACGUCCCCUUCUGGAAUGCAGCCCUUUAAAGGUCGUGAUGGGGAUGUCUGCCUCCGAUCAACUGACUGUGCGCCAGGUCUAUGUUGUGCCCGUCACUUCUGGUCAAAGAUCUGUAAGCCGGUCCUUGAGGAAGGCCAAGUUUGCACCAAGCACAGGAGAAAAGGCUCUCACGGGCUAGAGAUUUUCCAGCGUUGUCACUGCGGUGCCGGACUCUCUUGCCGGUUACAAAAAGGAGAAUUUACGACUGUCCCUAAGACGUCGAGACUUCACACUUGCCAGAGACACUAAGCGAGGCCUACAGAGCCUGAAGGACCUUCUCUAAAUUAAGCUAAUGAAGACUUUGGCUGCUCUGCCUUUUGGACGUACCUGCAUGUUAUUAUUAUCUCAGUUUACAUGAAGUGCUCUGGUCUUCCCUGGACCCGGAGCUGCAGAACUUGUUUCUUAGAGGAACUUCCCAUUACCGCUAAUUACAGUAAAUUACUGUGUUGUAAAUACGUAAAGGAGACGAAUACCUGUAAAUAUCUGUGUAUAGACAAUGUCUCUAUUGUAACCUGCCGCCUUGUACAUUCCGACACGCUCUUCCCUUUUUAUAUAUAAAUAUAUAUAUAUAUAUUAUAUUAUGUAGAGUUUAUGUCUAGUAUGUCUGUAUUUUUAAUUGAAAUAAAACAUUUCUAAACUUA